AUGAAACCAAAGGGAGGUCGAUUGUCAACGGAUUGCCCCGUCGAGUUUCCCACGAUAAUCUCCGGAUUCUCUGAUGAAGUGAAAGCACGUAAACAAGCUUCCCAAGGCCAACACCUAGAUGCCUAUCAGCCAAAAAGUCCUGAAUCAAGGCACAGAAGGCAAAGAUCAUCAUCCUUUGUUAACGGUAAAUGCAGGAACAGAGAUGCUCCAUUCGCAGAUGACAAAAAUAGCCCAAGUCUAAACGGUCAAGGUGUCGGCAUUGAAAACUUACCACGUCAACGUGAGUUGCUAAAUGCCAAGAAUGGAAUUCAUUUCACGUUGAUGGUUGCAGGUCAGAGUGGGCUAGGUAAAACAACAUUUAUCAACUCCUUAUUCUCUGCUUCUUUGAUCGAUGAAGGUAUUAAAGAAGAUAAACCUAUUGUUCGUUAUAAAAGCGUUAUAGAAGGUGAUGAAACACACCUCAGGCUUAGUGUCAUUGAUACUCCCGGUUUUGGAAACAAUAUGGACAAUGCGUUCACAUGGAGAACCAUGGUUAACUAUAUCGAUGAAGAAAUAAGAUCAUAUAUUUUCCAGGAGGAACAACCUGAUAGAACAAAAAUGAUAGAUGAUAGAGUGCAUUGUUGCUUAUACUUUUUAAAGCCCACGGGUAAAGGAAUUGACACAUUGGAUGUUGUAACCAUGAAAAAGUUAGCGACAAGAGUGAAUCUAAUUCCUGUUAUUGCAAAGGCAGAUUUACUUACAAAAGACGAGCUGAGAAACUUCAAAACGGAAAUCAGAGAAAUUAUAAGAGUACAAGAUAUUUCAAUAUGUUAUUUCUUUGGAAACCAUGUUUCAAAUGCCACCCAAGAUAUUUUUCAACAAUAUCCGUUUAGUAUAAUUGCAUCUAAUGAGUAUGUUCUGAACGAUAAGGGAGAAAAAGUUAAAGGAAGACAAUAUAAAUGGGGGACUGUCGACAUUGAGAAUGAAAAGUAUUGUGACUUUAAAAUUCUGCAAAAGACGCUAUUUGACUGGCACCUAAUCGACCUUGUAGAAACUACCGAAGAAUAUUACGAAAAAUGUAGAUCUGAGAUGCUAAGAACUCGAUUAUUGAAGGCCAGAGAUUGUUUAACUACAAACAGCGUUGAAUUAACUGAGAAGCAGAAAAAGUUUCUGCAAGAAGAAAUGAACUUCGAGGAUAUCGAAGAAAACAAAUUGAAAAACUACAAAUGCUACGAAAUAAUCAACAAGGCAAUUAUGGACAAAGUGGCCACAGAAUGGGAUCCUGAGUUUAUAACCAGGCAACUAGAAGCGAAGAGAAAAUUCAAUGAACUUUCCAACAGAGAAAUUUGCAAAUUUCGAGACUGGAAAAGGAGUCUAUUUAUGGAACAGGAAAACUUCAAUCAAGAAAUCGAAGAAUUGAACCAUAAGUUGGAGAACCUGCAACUGGAGUGUCAAGAUUUGGAAUACAAACUGCUAAUUGGGAAAAGCGCUAAUAAUCAUUCCACGGAUAGUGCUACUUUGGUGAAUGUUCAUGUCAAAAGAUGA